AGAAACACAGAAGUUGUUUAUAAACGUUUUUUAUUUUCUCGAGAAAAUUAUUCUUUUAAUGGAUUAGAAAAUCAAUCUACAACUACAACUAAGCAAGCGUAGAUUCACUCUUUCUUCUUCUUCUUCUUUUUGCUGAUUGACCUUGGGGAGAUUCGUUUAACCUUGUAAUAAUGGCGGGAAUAGCUAUAGUCUUAGAUCUACUCAAGAAAUCUCAUAACAAACACGCUUUUCACUCAUCGUCUUCUCUGUCUUCCGCCGCCGCCGUAUCUGCUUUCGCCACUGCUCCCUUCGCGUCUAGGUUUCUCUUCGGUUCUUUUGAGCCUAGAGUUGCGUAUUGUGAUGCGGCAGCUGCAAUAGAUGAUGAUUACCUUGCUGCUGCUAUACGAAAGAUGUCUGCGGAUACUUUGCAGCUUCAGACGCCUACAUACAUUCCUACUAGCUCUAAGGUUUACAAUAUCCAGCCAAAACCACUCUUCUCCGCCUUCGAGUUCAGGGCACUUGCGAUGACCACAGUGAGAUCCCUCCUCAUGUUUUAUCUGCCUCUUUUGGAGCCUAAACCGGCUUCAGAGGACGAUGAUGAUUUCCUUAACAAUGCCGCGGAAGAACGCCGUGGCGCAGACUUGAUUGUUCCUCUUAAAAAGUCUGUCAAGCAAAUUGCCCGUGAGACCACAGUUGUGACUACUCGGAGAGUCCUUGAAAGGCUGGCUAUUAGUUAUGUCUCACAGCGUAUGGCAUGGAAGCUUCUAAAGGAUGUGCCACAGUCUACUUUACGCAAGGCUGGGAGAGGGUGGCCCACACAUGUAUACAUCUAUAAAGUCAGCCAGACAACUCUUAGAGGACACUUCCUCGGGAUUGCAGCAUCGUGGACAGUUCAAGUAGGAAUAGAAAUCUACAGAUGUGUUAACCGUUAUGUUAAACCCAAACCCGAAGAAGAAGACGAGGAACAAGUGGAGAUAGCAGAGCAAGCCAAGGAUCUUGGAAACAAAGUUGUGGGUAUCACAGUAAGAUGUGGUGCUUCUUUAGUAUUCGCUGCCAUUGGAGCUGGUAUCUGCUCUUGCCUCAUGCGUCCCUCCACUGGACAAUGGAUCGGCUGCACGCUGGGGGACUUGGCUGGUCCGAUGGUUGUUUCGAUUUGCUUGCAGAAGACUCUUCAAGCUGAUGGUUAACUUUAUAUGUGGAGAUUGAAUUCUUCAGCUUUGACCAUCCAAAAUGAAAUCAAAAGGUUGCUUUUUCUGAAUUUUUUCUACUGAGACCUUGAAAACGUUUUGAUCAAUACACUCGAAUGAUUCACAAAUUGUACCUACUUUUGAGAACAUCUGAAUAAGGCAGGUGUUUAUUUUUCACUGGAUUUAAUGUUAAAUUUGUAUAUUAUUUUCUUUUAGCUCCA